AUGCAGUUCGAGGGUACAAAUUUCUCCAACUGGAAAUUCAGGGUCGAAAUAUUGCUAAGGAAACACAACGUGGCACAUUGCUUGACGGAAGAGACACCGUCGGAGACCGCUGCUAAGGCCGCGUUCAUAGGAAAGUACUCAACGGCCAUACCUCUGUUAGUCCAUGUGUGGCGGACUUACAUCUGGAAUACGUCAAGGAUGCAACCACAGCAAGAGCAAUAUGGGAACGGCUAUGCUCAACGUGUGAACCCAGAGGUACGUCAAAAUUGA